UCGUUUGCUGGGUGUGAGCCAACGACUAUAUAAAUAGCUGACGUAUCUACGUGGCCGAUUUACAGGCACAGGUAAUUCGAAUUCAACGGCGAAUUAAAAUGCCAAAGCGAAAUACCGAUUUUGCCCCUCAGACAGGUCUUCCGACACUUGACUGCUUUUCGCUAAUUUCCUGCGAAUUAAUUAUAAAUUAGAUUCGAAUCAGUUUAUGAAGCUUUCAGCUUGAACUGCUCUGGAAUUUGGAGCUACUUUUUCUGCAAUUUGUAAUGUGAUCGGAAGCCUUUCUCCCAAAUCUCUACCGGUUGCUGAUUUUUGCAUUUGCGGAUUGCUUUCGUCAGUGUUGGUGGUUUCCUUUUUGAAAUCGAAAUUGGAUGGAAGGAAAAAGGCGGUUAAUAUUUCACUUUUACAUGGAGGUUUGAUUGUAUGUUUCCGGUGACUGUGCAUUCGCUGCUGCUUGGUUCGGAUUGAAGCCGCGCGUUGUUCGAGAGUGGUUUUAUGGCUGGCGGUGGAGUUUUGGUGGCGGCGGCGGCCGCGGUUGUACUGGCGACAGUGGUUGUGGUGUCUGCAUCGAUUGUAGGCGGCAGAAUUCAAGGAGUUCUGACGCUGGAGAGAGCCUUUCCGGUGGGGGAGAAGGUGGAGUUGGAAGUGAUUAAGGCUCGAGACCGUGCUAGGCACGCUCGAAUUUUGCAGAGUUUCGCCGGCGGCAUAGUGGAUUUUCCGGUUGGGGGUACAUCUGAUCCCUAUUCUGUUGGGCUUUAUUAUACCAAGGUACGAUUGGGAUCUCCACCACAAGAGUUCAAUGUGCAAAUCGACACGGGGAGUGACAUCUUGUGGGUUGCAUGCAGUUCGUGCAACGAUUGCCCACAAAAUAGUGGAUUAGGAAUGCCCCUAAACUUUUUCAAUGUUGCUGCAUCAUCAACUGUUUCACCUAUUUCAUGCUCGGAUAAUAUGUGCUCUUCCAUAGUUCAAGUUUCAUCUGCUGAAUGCUCUACUGAGAGCAAUCACUGUGGGUACUCAUUCCAGUAUGGAGAUGGAAGCGGCACUUCGGGAUUUUAUGCAUCUGAUAUGCUUUAUUUUGAUACGAUUGCGGGUACUUCAUUAAUAUCCAACUCUUCUGCUUCUGUUGUUUUUGGGUGCAGCACAUCACUGUUUGGUGACUUGACCAAAUCAGACCGCGCAGUGGAUGGGAUAUUCGGAUUUGGACAGCAGGGCCUCUCAGUGAUAUCACAAUUGUCGUCGCAUGGGAUAACACCUAAAAUAUUUUCCCAUUGCUUAAAAGGAGAGAGCGGUGGUGGAGGUGUACUUGUGCUUGGUGAGAUAUUGAGUCCAGGCAUAGUUUAUACUCCUCUUGUUCCUUCGCAGCCCCAUUAUAACUUAUAUCUGCAGAGCAUUUCCGUCAAUGGGCAGCUGUUACCUAUUGAUCAAUCAGUAUUUUCAACUUCAGGAAACCGAGGAACCAUUGUUGAUUCUGGAACCACUUUGGCAUACCUUGUCGAAGAGGCUUAUGAUCCUUUUGUUGCUGCUAUAACUGCUUCCGUUUCUUCAUCGGCAAAACCGAUCAUGCAUAAAGAGAGUCAAUGCUAUCUCCUCUCGAAAAGCAUAGGCGACGUAUUUCCAUCUGUUGCUUUCAAUUUUGCUGGGAGCGCUUCCAUGGUUUUAAAACCUGCUGACUACCUGGUGCACAUGGGAUAUCUGGACGGCGAUUCAAUGUGGUGCAUGGGUUUUAUCCGAGUUGAGAACGAAGGUGCAACAAUUUUGGGAGAUCUUGUUCUCAAAGAUAAAAUCUUCGUAUACGAUUUGGAUCAUCAACGAUUAGGAUGGGAAGACUACGACUGCUCGAUGCCGGUGAAUGUAUCAAUAACUUCCGGUAAGGACGAGUAUGUGAAUGCUGGACAGCUGAGUGUGAGCUCAAGCUCAUCCUUCACCAAUCUCUCCAAUGCAAUGCCUCUUUUGCUUGGUGGCUCACAGUCACACAUGGCAGACCAAAACCUAACACAGUAAUGAUGUAUUUCCCACUCAUUGCUGCCACAAUCAUCACUAGAUGGGAACAAAAGCCCAACUUGGGAAACUACUUUUGG